GGCGCAGUGAGGAAGUGACUACAAAUCAUUCUUGAGUCAGUAGCCGCCGCGAGCUCGUUGUCUUGGUGAUAUUUUUUUGGCGAACUGUCACCGGUUAGUUUUAUGGUUUGCUACAGCGGAGUAAACCGGAAUCCCAGCAGGACGCCGCUUUGAAAAAAUGAAGCCUUUAAAUCCGCGUUUUAUAUUUUUGCUGAGUUUAACCGUAGUCAGCUCAAGCUUUGGAUUCUAUCUUCCGGGUUUGGCGCCGGUCAGUUUUUGCGAGCAAAACUCGAAAGGAGAUGCGGAGGAAUGUAAGACUGAGAUACAGCUGUUUGUGAAUAGACUGGACUCAGUGGAAUCAGUCCUGCCUUAUGAAUAUGAUGCAUUUGAUUUUUGCAAAGACACGGAUGAAAAAAGACCCUCAGAGAACCUUGGGCAGGUGUUAUUUGGUGAAAGAAUAGAAACGUCACCUUACAAGUUUUCAUUUAAGGCUGACAAGGGUUGUGUGAAGGUCUGCACCAAAUCAUAUGAUACCGGUUCAAGAGAAGACAAGCUGAAGUUGGACUUUCUAAAGAAAGGAAUGGAGCUGAAUUACCAGCACCACUGGAUUGUUGACAACAUGCCAGUGACGUGGUGUUACAUUGUGGAGGACAAUCAGAAAGUCUGCAACCCCGGAUUUCCCACUGGAUGUCUAGUGAACCAAGAAGGAAAGCCGAAGGACGCCUGCGUGAUAAAUGCUGAUUUCAACAAGAAGAACACUUACUAUGUUUUCAACCACGUGGACAUCACCAUAGUUUACCACAGUGGAGAUGAAACGAAUGGGAUGCACGCUCGACUUGUGGCAGCUACAUUGGAACCUCGGAGCAUAAAGCAUAGCAAUGAUGAAAACCCGACAUGUGAAGGAUCUCCCAUGGACAUCCCAGCAGAGUUCAACAGUAAUCUCAAAGUCACCUACACUUAUUCGGUUACAUUUAAGCAAAACGAUGAUAUUAGGUGGGCUUCUCGAUGGGAUUACAUUUUGGUUUCCAUGCCUCACACGAACAUCCAGUGGUUCAGCAUCAUGAACUCUUUAGUCAUUGUGCUCUUCCUGUCUGGCAUGGUGGCCAUGAUCAUGCUUAGAACACUGCACAAGGAUAUUGCCCGGUACAACCAGAUGGACCAGGAAGAUGCCCAGGAGGAGUCUGGCUGGAAACAGGUACAUGGUGACGUGUUCAGGCCGCCCAAGAUGGGCAUGCUUCUGUCCGUCUUCCUCGGACAGGGCUCUCAGGUCUUCAUCAUGACCUUCAUUACCCUUUUUUUGGCCUGCCUUGGUUUCCUGUCUCCAGCCAACAGAGGGGCUCUCAUGACCUGUGCAGUGGUGUUGUGGGUUUUGCUUGGCACACCUGCUGGAUACGUGUCUGCCAGACUCUAUAAGACUUUCGGUGGUGAAAACUGGAAAACCAAUGUUCUUCUCACCGCCUUUUUGUGUCCAGGGAUUGUGUUUGUGGAUUUCUUCUUGAUGAAUCUGAUCUUGUGGGUAGAGGGCUCCUCCGCUGCUGUUCCCUUCGGUACACUGGUGGCCAUCCUGGCACUGUGGUUUGGCAUCUCUGUUCCUCUCACAUUUGUGGGUGCAUACUUCGGUUUCAAAAAAACAGGCAUCGAGCCACCAGUGCGAACAAAUCAGAUCCCACGCCAAAUUCCUCAGCAGUCCUUUACCAAACCCGUGCCGGGCAUCAUCAUGGGCGGCAUCUUGCCCUUUGGCUGCAUCUUCAUCCAGCUCUUCUUCAUCCUCAACAGCAUUUGGUCUCAUCAGAUGUAUUACAUGUUUGGCUUCCUUUUCCUGGUCUUCAUCAUCUUGGUCAUUACCUGCUCUGAGGCAACUGUUCUGCUCUGCUACUUCCAUUUAUGUGCAGAGGAUUAUCACUGGUGGUGGCGAUCGUUUCUGACCAGUGGAUUCACAGCGGUGUAUUUAUUUGUCUACGCUGUGCAUUACUUCUUCUCAAAACUACAAAUCAUAGGGGCUGCAAGCACCUUCCUCUACUUUGGCUACACCUUGAUCAUGGUGCUCAUUUUCUUCAUUUUUACAGGUACUAUAGGCUUCUUCGCUUGCUUCUGGUUCGUAAAUAAAAUCUACAGCGUGCUGAAGGUGGACUAAGGAAGGGACAUUUGGAGUACACAACAUCAUCUUUUAACAGAUCAGACUUCCACGUGAAUAGACAUUUAUAUGAAGGUUAAAGAAGAGUGUGUUUGGCUCAGCUGUAAUUCACUGACAGUGUGUGUGUGCGUGCGUGCGUGUGUGUGUGCGUGUGCGCGCGCGUGUGUGUGUGAACUCCAAAGACCCUUUUUUUAGUGCUUUACUUGUCUCGCGUUGCCUAUGACUUCAUUCCAGCUACACCUACUGCGCUGAGAGAAGAAGCCCAUAUCUAUAAAAAUUUACUUAUUAUACUUUUAUACUGAUCCAAAUGUAUGUUUUACAUUGUAUGUUUUAUUUCAUCAUCUGUAAAGACAUAAUUUGAAUAUUUAAUACAGUUACUUCUGUCCAUGUUUUAGUCUUUGUACAUUUUUGAAAGAUCAGACACGGUUUUAGGGUGCAGUCACAUUUACAGUGAAAUUCUGUGGGCUAAAAGUAGCGAUCGUAAUCUGGAGUGAGACAUGAAAACAUUUCACACGCAGAUUUCUUAUGGGAUUCAAGUUUAAUCAAUGUUUGGUCAUUCUGAUUAGAAUCCACAUGUUUGGGAAUUUCGCUUAAGGACUAAAUUUUUUUCCCCACACAGAUUCAUUGUAAAGUUGGUCAUACGAAAAUGACAUGUUGAGAACAGAAAAUUGGUAUGGAAGUGACGUUGAAACUAGUGUUUUUUUGGGGUUUUUUGCCUGUGCAUUUUAGUUGUCUUUGCACCUCUAACAAUUUAAGUCAUUUAAAUUUUUACUACAGGUUGAAGGCGAGCUGCUUUGUUGUGUGAGCUCUGCAUUAUGCAUCACGUUAUUGACAAUAUAAGAAAACUUUUUUGCCAAUAAAAUUUCACCUAAAUUUCACUAAUGUGACCGCACCUUAAGCCAUGUAAAACCACACCACAGUAACCUCUAUAAUGUCAUCUAUUUUGUUGUUAGUAUCAUAUAAUUACUUUUUUUUUUUGUUUUUUUGUAGUUUUAUCUUGCUAAAGAAUUGUUUUUAUUAAUAGUAAACUGAAUGGUUAAGAAGCACAUUGUUUUUGCUACAGGACUCUUUUAUACAAGUAAUAAUAUCUAAAUAGUGGGAGAUAUUUAGUGUUUUUUUACUUUGUAAAUUAUUUAAAUGUGAUUAUGUUAGAAAAAGUACAUGCUUGCACAUCUUUUCCCCUAAUCGUUUUCAUUUAAAACCCACAGAAUGUACUGAGCUUCAAGUUUUAUGAUGAGGUAUACAUAAACAUUCUUCACAAUGUCAUAACGAAAGAAAAAUAAAUCACAAAGUACAUCAUUACAAAAA